UUUUAUUGUAUUAUUUAAUAGCGGGCAGAGAUACAAAAAUGUGUUUAAAACCGAUAUUCUUUAUAAUAUUUAUCUUCGCGUCAUUCAAUAAAUGUCAUAGUAUUGAUACUCGAGUGGAUCCUCUAGUUGACACAAAGGUUGGCUUGAUCCGAGGGCUGAAAGCUGAAGAUGGUGAUUAUUCAAUGUUCUUAGGUAUACCAUAUGGCAAAGUCGAUGAAAACAACCCUUUCGAACCGUCACUGCCACAUGAAAACUUUCAAGAAAUUUUUGAAGCUUACGAUGAUUCUGCUAUUUGUCCUCAAAUUGAAGAAUUUAAUAAAACUAACACUGGCUCACUUGACUGUCUCCAUCUUAAUAUUUAUGUUCCCGAUGUUGCUAGUACAAAAUCUCCAGUUCCAGUCCUUGUAUGGAUACAUGGCGGAGGAUUUCAGAUAGGAUUUUCUGGUAGAUUCCUGUAUGGCCCGAAAUACUUAGUAAGACACGAUAUUAUUUUGGUUACUUUAAAUUACCGUGUCGGACCCUAUGGAUACAUGUGCCUGGAUGAUCAAAAAGUGCCAGGAAAUCAAGGCUUUAAAGACCAGCUCUUAGCACUGAGAUGGAUAAAAGAUAAUAUUGGUUCAUUUGGAGGCAACUCUAAUAAAAUAACAUUAUUCGGGGAAAGUGCUGGUGGAAGAUCAGUAGAUUAUCAUUUAUUUUCUCAGCAAGAAAAAUUGUUCAACAGCCUGAUAAUACAAAGUGGUACAUCAUUGUUACCUACGCAUAUUGGUGAGCCAGAGUCAACACGUACUCUGAAUUUGGCUGCGAAACUCGGCUUUGAAACAGAUGAUGUAAACGAAGCACUCUCUUUUCUUACUAACCAAAGUCCAAAUUCUGUUAUAGCUGCUAUGCAAGAAAUAGACAGAUAUUUGCCUUGUGUAGAAAAUGAUUAUGAAAACGUCGAAAAAUUUAUAUCUGAUUAUACUUUCAACUUAAACAUUCCUAAAGUUAAAAACGUACCAAUUUUAAUCGGUCAUAAUGAUGCCGAAAGAUUACCAAAUCAUUUAAACCAAAAUGCAGACUAUUUUGACAAUCUUAAUAUAUUUCAUGAUACGUUUAAUAGUGCUUUUAACUUUAAUUCCUCGGAAUUAAUUAAUGUAGUGAAUAACUUUAGGCAUUUUUACAUAGGCGAUGAAGAAAUUAGUGAAAAAGAGUUAUUCAACAUUAUAGAUUUUGAUUCGGAUUUUACUUAUGUUCAUGCGACACAGAGAAGUAUCAAACAGUACAUGGAAAAUAAUGCAGGUGAUAUAUUUUAUUAUAUGUUUACUUACAAUGGUGGAAGAAAUUUUGUUAAGAAACGAAUGAACGUAACAUUCGGAGGUGCAGCACAUGCUGACGAGAUUGGCUAUUUAUUUGAUAUAUCUUACAUGAAGGAUGAACCAUCGAACGAAGACCAGCUAGUUAUCGAUAGAAUGACGACACUUUGGGCUAACUUUGUAAAAUAUAGCAACCCUACACCUGAAACAUCCGACUUACUACCUGUCGAGUGGAGGCCAGUGGAGGAUGAAAAAUUGUACUAUCUUGAUAUAAAUAAUAAACUGACACUUAAGAAGAGACCAUUUAACGACAGAAUGGCUUUCUGGGACUUAUUUUAUGAAUACAAUCAUAGCUUACAAAAAGGAUAUCGAAACUAAAUUAACUAAAAAGAAACUAUAGUUAUUUUAAUUAUUAGAGUUUAUUAAUACGUAUUAUUUAUUU